UGACCAUUUUGGUAAACUCAUCAUCCUUAUGCUCGUUCGUUAAGAGCAUCCACCUCACUGCGUUCGGUACUGCGUACCUCUGCUCUUUAGCGACCCUAGGACAAAUAAGAAAUUAUGCUCGAGAUGCCAGCGAAGGACGAACCGAGUCAAUAUGGGCAUAUCACAUGGAAAGAUGUCAUCAACAUCGUCACUACGUUUCUCCUGCUGCCUCUCUAUGUGGUCUGGAAAAUUGUGGCCUCACCCCGUCCCAACAAACCUUGGAGGAUGACGGUCACCCUCGCUGUGGCUCGGUACCUAAUGGAUAGCUUCUGUUAUCGUGAACUUCAGUAUCUAUCUGGGCAAGCUGUCAAUGUUUACGCAAGAUGGACAUUCCUCAGAGGGCUACCAUCUACUAUAGACGAACUCCCAGAGAAAGGCACCUAUUUCUUAUGGGUUGGACCCAAGCGACUGGAUAGGGUCCUCUUGUACAUACCUGGGGGUGGAUACGUCCUCCCACCCUUCGAUAGUUUCUUUGCUUUCUGCAGAUACGUUCAACUGGAACUUGAGGCGCAAAACAUCCAGGUGGGCGUGGCAGUUUUUUCCUACAACCUUAUACCAAACGCUAGAUUCCCCAGCCAGCUCCACGAGGCUCAAUCAGCCAUCGAAUAUCUCUUACAAUCCGGCGUCAAACCGGAAAACAUUGAACUCGUAGGCGAUUCCGCAGGCUGCAACCUUAUUCUUCAGAUAUUCUCCCACAUUCUUCAUCCCCUCCCGACGUUGAAGCCUUUCGAAACCGUUCGCUUUCGUGGCGCAUGCCUCAUUUCACCGUGGGUAUCCCCCAGCGGAGAGAUCGGUGCAGAGACUUUUAGGCGAAAUAGUAAAACCGACAUCAUAAGCGCAGACGACCUGCUCUUGUGGGCAGAACCGAGCCUUCGAGAUCUAUCCAAUUUAGCUCUGCCGUUCAUCGAGCCCGCCAAGGCUCCCAAAUCCUGGUUCUCUGGCAUUGAUGGGUUGGCCGAGCGCAUUUUGAUCACUUCGGGUGGUGUAGAAUGUAUGCACGAAGCUCAUAAUCAUUUCUAUGAGUGGCAUUUGAAAGGCUACCAUCCGGAUAUCCAGUACCUCGUUCAGAAAGACGGCGUGCACGAUGAGUUGUUGCACGAGUUCGCAUUGCACAACAAACCUGUGGGAGAAUUGGCACCGUUGAUAGUAAAUUGGAUUGCUGAAAGUUUUCAAUGAAGCAAGCAAUCAACUUCGUUAUAUGAGCAAGUAUGGGUAUGAAACGCAUCUCCACAUUUAUAUCUGAAAGUUUUGCUGGUAAUGAUUCGGAAAGGCAAUUCCGUCUUAUUUUUGGGAGCAUGGGUAGCACGCACCACUUUAGAUGAACGGGCACCCGCAGAAUUCCCUCCCGGAGAGCAGUAUAUCCUGACUCCUUACACCCGGUGCUUUGGAAUCGUCCGUACCGGUGGAAGAUCUUGUUUAAUUUUCACGAACCCAUCUUGCUGUGAUUAGUAAAGAAAGACAUUCAUGAUUCGAAGUAAUCUAUAU